GGGACGGGGCCACUGAAAACUACCAUCAGCAAGGGAGCCAAUGUCUCCGGACCUCUGCAGAAUGAAGGUUUUGAGGCUCUACUUCUUAAAGGCCGCUGUAGGAAGAGACCAAGAUGAAUACAGAGACUGAGAGGAAGUUUGGCGUGGUGGUUGUUGGUGUUGGCAGAGCUGGCUCCGUGCGAAUAAGGGACUUGCAGAAUCCGCACCCUUCCUCGGCGUUCCUGAACCUGAUUGGCUUCGUGUCCAGACGAGAGCUUGGGAGCAUUGAUGGAAUCCAGCAGAUUUCUUUGGAAGAUGCUCUUUCCAGCCAAGAGGUUGAGGUCGCCUAUAUCUGCAGUGAAAGUUCCAGCCACGAGGACUAUAUCAGGCAGUUCCUUAAUGCUGGCAAGCACGUCCUUGUGGAAUACCCCAUGACACUAUCUUCAACAGCAGCUCAGGAGCUGUGGCACCUGGCUGAGCAGAAAGGAAAAGUCUUGCAUGAGGAACACGUUGAACUCUUGAUGGAGGAAUUUGCAUUCCUGAAAAAAGAAGUGGUAGGAAAAGACCUACUGAAAGGGUCACUUCUCUUCACAGCUGGCCCAUUGGAAGAAGAGCGGUUUGGCUUCCCCGCGUUCAGUGGCAUCUCUCGCCUGACCUGGCUGGUCUCCCUCUUUGGGGAACUUUCUCUUGUGUCUGCUGCUUUGGAACAGCGAAAGGAAGAUCAGUAUAUGAAGAUGACUGUGUGCCUGGAGACAGAGAACAAACGUCCGCUGACAUGGAUUGAAGAGAAAGGUCCCCAGCUAAAACGAAACAGAUAUUUAAGUUUCCAUUUCAAAUCUGGGGCCCUGGAGAAUGUGCCAAAUGUUGGAGUCAAUAAGAACAUUUUCUUGAAAGAUCAAAAUAUAUUUGUGCAGAAACUCUUGGGCCAGUUCUCUGAGAAGGAAGCGGCUGCUGAAAAGAAACGAAUCCUGCACUGCUUGGCGCUUGCAGAAGAAAUCCAGAAAUCUUGCUGUGGCGAGAAGUGAGAGAGGGAGGCAGCACCACACUCCACGGCAGACCAGAGUUCGGCUUUUACCAAGAGUUGCACUCUAUCUCUGUUCUUACAAUUAAACAUGUUGGGGAAGCA